AUCGAUGACUUUUGUAUAUUGCGAUAUAUUGGUUCUUUUCCUCCGUGGUUUUCAAGUAAUAGGAUGGCUCCAACUGCCAAGACCAACAAGGGAGAUACCAAGGCGUCGGCUGCCAAGCCCGCCGAGAAGAAGGCUGCACCAGCCGCCGCCAAGGGCAAAGUGGAGAAGCCCAAGGCAACUGAGGCUGCUAAACCAGCGGCUGCUGCUGCUAAGAACGUGAAGAAGGCACCGGAAGUCGCUAAGGAUGUGAAGGCAGCCGCUGCAGGCAAGCCCGCUGCCGCUGCGAAAGCAGCUGCUUCCGGCACAAAGGCGGCACCAGCUGCUGCCGCCGCCAAGAAAUCGGCGCCAGCUCCAGCUGCGGCCAAGAAGGACACCAAGGCUGCUGCUGCUGCACCGGCGGCUGGUGCCAAGAAGGCUGCUCCCGCUGCCGUGAAGAAGGCAGCGCCAACUGCAGCUGCUGCUCCGCCAGCAAAGAAGGCAGCGCCUGCCGUUGCCAAGCUUGCUGCUGCAGCACCAGCUGCUGCCGCCGCCGCUGUUCCCGCCGCUGCUGCUGCUGCCAAGCCAGCUGUGGCCAAGCCUAAAGCGAAGACAGCAACGCCGGCGCCGAGCAAGGUUGUGAAGAAGAAUGCGUUGCGUGGCAAGGGACUGAAGAAGAAGAAGGUCUCGCUGCGCUUCACAAUCGACUGCACCAACAUUGCCGAGGACAACAUUAUGGAUGUGGCCGAUUUCGAGAAAUAUGUGAAGGCUCGCCUAAAGGUCAACGGAAAGGUGAACAAUCUGGGCAACAAUGUCACCUUCGAGCGCUCCAAGAUGAAGCUUAUCGUUAGCUCCGAUGUGCACUUCUCCAAGGCCUACCUCAAGUACUUGACCAAGAAGUACCUGAAGAAGAACAGUCUGCGCGACUGGAUCCGUGUGGUUGCCAACGAGAAGGACUCGUACGAGCUGCGCUACUUCAGAAUAAGCUCCAACGAUGAUGAAGACGACGAUGCGGAGUAAAGAUUCAAAACAGCAAUUUUUAUACAUGAUCUGUUUUUAAAUACAAACGCCACCACACAUGGUUUACAUGAAAUAAAGAAACAAAAUUCGAAAGUUGUCGAAACUCAAA